ACUAAAUUCUUUUGACGCUUUAGAUUAGAUUCUCUUGGAAAUACCAACUUGAAAUGCUAGUCGGAGCCAUUAGACUUGCUUGACAUUUUUCAUGGUUUGGAUUUUUGUGCACACAAGUGUUCAUGCGUGUGAAUUUUCAAUAUCCCAAGUGAAAAAGCAAGUCUCCACAACUCAAAAUGGAGAUCUCGAGUAUUUCUCUUCAGUCCCUCCUUAUACUAUCACUACUACUAGCAUACUGCUCAGACGGAGCAAUCUCAGCAACAACUUCAUCACCAAUCGAUGAUUAUUUCAUUCAAUGUCUUAAUUAAUCAUAACCCCAACAAUCCCAAUCUACACCCAAAUCAAUUCAUCAUAUUCAACCAUCUUAAGAUCCUCCGCAAGAAAUCUCAGAAUUUUAUCAUCAACUACUAAACCAAAGUUCAUAAUUACACCAACCGAUGAAUCUCAUAUUCAAAAAACCAUAAUUUGCUGCAAGAAAAAUGGUUUGGAUCUGAAAGUACGAAGCGGAGGUCAUGAUGCGGAAGGAUUAUCUUAUGUAUCUGAUGCAAUUUCAUUUGUAAUGCUGGAUUUAAUCAAUUUCCGGGAUGUCACUGUUGAUGUAGAUAGUAAUACAGCAUGGAUUCAAGCCGGAGCUAGUCUCGGUGAAGUUUAUUAUAGAAUUGCUGAAAAGAGCAAGAUCCAUGGAUUUCCAGCUGGGUUUUGUCCAACUGUGGGUGUCGGUGGUGGAACAGGUGCAUUGGUAAGGAAAUAUGGGCUUGCGGCCGAUCAAGUCAUUGAUGCUUGCAUUGUCAAUGCUGAAGGUAAAAUCUUGAACCGAGAAACCAUGGAAAAUGACUUAUUUUGGGCUAUUAGAGGAGGCGGGGCAGCGAGUUUCGGAGUUGUUCUCUCAUGGAAAGUUAAGUUGGUUAGUGUGCCGGCUAUGGUGAUUGUUGCCACUGUCAAGAAGACAAUGGAACAAGGUGCAGCAGACAUUGUGCAUAAGUGGCAGUUCAUUGCAGAUAAAAUCGAUGAAGACGUGUUUAUAGGACUAACAUUGUCCGUCGUUUCAAGUAAUAAUACUAAUGUAAAUGAUGAUCAUAAGCACAUUGACGGAGAAAGAACAGUGUCAGCAGAAUUCACAAUCUUGUUUGUUGGGGAGGGUGGUGUUGAGAAACUACUUCAACUCGUGGAGGAGAGGUUUUCUGAACUGGGUUUGACAAGUAAAGAUUGCAUCCAAAUGAGUUGGGUAGAGUCCGUUCUUUACUUCUCGCAUCAACAUGGUAAACCAUUGGAAUCUUUGCUAGUUAGAGAUAAUCCGACAGCAAAUUACUUCUUCAAGUCGAAAUCCGAUUAUGUCAAAACUCCAGUGUCAAAAACGGCAUUGGCAGGUUUAUGGAGAAUGCUAUUGAAGCAAGAAAAUGUCAUGCCUAUGUUGAUAUGGACACCUUAUGGUGGAAAAAUGAAUGAGAUUUCAGAAUCUGAAAUUCCAUUCCCGCACAGACAAGGAAACAUUUACAAUAUUAAAUACUCAGUGAGUUGGUUAGAAGAAAAUGAAUCAGCAAUGAAUUUAGAAUGGAUGAAGAAGUUAUAUGAAUAUAUGACUCCAUAUGUAUCUAAGAAUCCAAGGACUGCUUAUCUCAACUCUAGAGAUCUUGACUUGGGGCAGCAGUAUUGCGAGGAUUAUCAAGACAUUAGUAGUCACUUGAAUGCUAGAGUUUGGGGUAGAAAAUAUUUUAAAGAUAAUUUUGAAAGAUUAGUAAAAGUUAAGAGUGAAGUUGAUCCUCAAAAUUUCUUUAAGAAUAGACAAAGUAUACCUCCGAUUACGUUUGGUUUUAGGAAGGAAAAUGUAUAAAAAGAGAAAUGAAAUAGUUUUUCAGAUAUUGUAUUAAAUGGGUAUCUUUGAAGGAAAGAAAAAGGAAAUUAUUAUUAGUCUAAUUAAUGUAAUAAUUAAUGUAGUAAUCUGUGUAAGCGCUAUAUAAUGCAAAUCAA